UGUUAGUGCAAUCAGCUGAGUCGUUCUAGGAUUCGAUGAUCAAUUUUAUUUAGUUUUAAUAAACCAAAAAGUGUAAAAAAUUGAUUGAAAAUUCCAACGAACAAGUUGAAAUCAAAGAUUAAGUAAUAAUUUUUUCUUAAAUUUUCAUCAAAUCCACGGAUAAAAUCAUAUGGUAAUAAGAACAGAAAACAACAAUUAUAUUACUUUUAAAAUAAAAUAAAAUGCGACAAAAAAUACAGGGAAACGAUGCUUUUCAACGAAUCAAUUAUUUAUAUCAAAAUUGUUUUUUUUUAGAUAAGUAAAGCGAUGGCUUCCAAGAACACAAUACUAUCUUCAUAUUACGGGAAUCUUGUAGUAAAUAUAGCCAAAAAGAAUGUCCUCAAAAUACACCCAGAGGUAAAAAGGCAAAUAUGCAAAAAGUGUAGAAGCAUCCUCAUAGAAAAUGUAUCGACUAAUAUGAAAAUAAGAAAUCACAAUAAAUCAAAGAGAAUAGAAUGGAAAUGUAACAUCUGUGGCGAGAGAAAAGGUUUGCCAGCUGAAAAAAAUAAAGAUCACAGAGUGUGGGUUGAAAAAGAAGAAGCCGUUGUUGAAAUAAUUAAAUGAUAUGUGAAACCA